AUUUUAGUCACGGCUCCAGAAUUUCAAGGCCGAGGUGUGGGCAGGCUCCUCUGCAAUGAAGGGUUGCAAAUCGCUGAUCGAGAAAAAUUGUCUGCGUGGCUGGAAGCGUCCGCCAGAGGGCGCAGGCUUUAUCAAAAGCUGGGUUUCGAGAAUGUUGAGAAUAUUCUCAUAGAUUUGGGCAAGUAA